CGUCUACAACAAAUUAAUUCCGCCGAAGUUGCAAGAUUUUCCACCUCCGAUGCGCGAGCGAGGUGCACGAUCGUCUAGCUACGCUACUGCGUGGUGACACGCGCGCACACCUUCACACGGAAGCGCUAUUGAUUUUCCGCGGUGCUUUCCACAGCGGUGUGCACGUUGCACGCGACGUACGUACACAUACACACGCACACACAGCCCCAACGGCGCGCGCUUCGUUUGCAUUUCGAGUGAUCGUCCAAGUUCGCGCGAGCGAGCGGAGAGACAAAGCGGCAAAAAAAAAAAAAAAAAAGGUGUCGAGACGACGUACUCGGCGAAAGAGCACACGAGAGACUCCCGAUUCAACGCAGUCGUGUUAAUCGCGGGAAACCGGCCGCGGCUUUGCUGAUCGACGGUGUGAAGCGGUAAAAGAAAAGACCAAGAGAAAAGGAGAGAAGAACCGAGGGUAUCAGUGGUGCAAAUUGAGGAAUCGCGCACCGGUUACGCGACCUGUGCGCGUUAUCAUCGCUGCGAAGUUAGCCGCGAGCGAGCGUCAGCGACGACGACGACGACGGGCGGGCGGGCGGACGGGCCGGACUUCAGGGGGUUGUGACGGCGCGCAGCGCUCUCCGCCGCGUUCGGCACAAGCGUAAAGACGACGGGACGUCGCGUCGGUGCGUUGUCCGUGUGCAGCGCACUCGCCGGGGUGGCGAACGUACGCACUCACGGGACGAACGAACGUACAUACGCACGCACGUAAGCAAGCGAGCAAGCACGUUCGAACGAACGAACGAACGAACGAACACGGGACGACCGGGCGGCCGCGAGCGCACGUAACGCGACCGAGUGUUAUAUAUUUGCGAAGCGAGUGUGACACGACGACGACGACGACGACGGCCGCGAGGAGAAGCGAUCGCCGCCGCCUUCUCCGUCGUCCAAUUGCCCGUUGACCCCGUGCUCUGUGGAGAGCGCGAUCCGGCGUGAACAGCGCUCGUCCAGGAUCGAGAAGACAGAACGGAAGAGAGAAGAGGAGAGAGAGAGAGAGACCACCGGAGGAGCCAAGACCUCGACGUAUCCGUCGCUCUCUGCAGGAGCAGCAGGGACCCCGAGCGCCGGGGGUUUACGUCGCCGGGACGGCAGAUGUCAGGAUGCCGGAGCAGAGCAACGACUAUCGCGUGGUCGUGUUCGGGGCGGGCGGCGUCGGCAAGAGUUCCCUCGUGCUGCGUUUCGUGAAAGGAUCCUUCCGCGAGUCCUACAUACCGACCAUCGAGGACACUUACAGACAGGUGAUAAGUUGCGACAAAAACAUAUGCACACUUCAAAUUACGGACACAACGGGGUCCCAUCAGUUUCCCGCUAUGCAGCGGCUCUCCAUAAGCAAAGGUCACGCCUUCAUCUUGGUGUACUCGGUGUGCUCCCGGCAAAGUCUCGAGGAGCUGCGACCGAUCUGGGCCGUGAUAAGGGAACUGAAGGGCCAGGAUAUCUCGCAGAUACCCAUAAUGCUGGUCGGGAACAAAUGCGACGAGAGCCCGUCCGUGCGCGAGGUGUCGAUGAGCGAAGGCGCGGCCGAGGCGGCUAACUGGGGCUGCGGCUUCCUGGAGACCUCGGCCAAGACGAACCACAACGUGGACACCUUGUUCCGGGACCUGCUCACCCUCGAGAAGAACCGUUCGGUGUCGUUACAGCCGGUGCAGAGCAACAACGCGAUAAGACUCAAGGAGAAGUGCGUCGUCAUGUAAUCCGUACACGCACCGGCUCGCCGAGCCGCGCCAUGUGCGCGCGUAUCGCGGAGAAAGGGGCGGAGAAUCGGCGGCGGCGGCGGCUUACUUCCGGCCUCUGAGCCUCUGACGCGGCUCCUCGUACUCGUCCUCGUGAGAGGAUGCCGCGCGGGUUCUCGGCGAUCGGCGAGACGAGCCCGUGAGGUUUCACCGGCGACGGGCUCGCUGUUCGAGUCCCGAAGGAGCUUCCGUUUGACCGUUCGGAAACGGCCCUUCUUCUUCGGCCCUUCGCAUAGGGCUCCGUGGUACGCUCCGAGGCUCAGCACGAAUUGCGUCCACGCGCGGCCCGCGCCAAGAGCGACGGCGGCGGCGGCGGCGGCAGCGGCGGCGGCAGCGGCAGCAGCCUAACGGAGAGCGACUUCUUCCCCCGGCCGUCCCGACGAACGGGACGGCAACUGGUGAUCCGGACGUGCGCGUCGCUCGUCGACGGCGCGACACCCCGAGCGACCCUUGUCUUCAGUUUCACCUUAAACGCAAGUAGAACCGCUCUCUCGACGCGUUCGAUUUCUCUCUGUGCGCUGAGACCAAGUAGAAAACACCACGCUCUCGUGAGUUCCCGCUCUUGUUUCUUGACUCCGCCGUGCGUGGAACCGUCCGCGGUAAUCUCGAGGCGGCGAGGCGACGAGCGAAAGUCGGCGAGAUGGCGAACGCUACGACCACCACUGCGUCUCACCACUACCAUCAUCAUCAUCAUCAUCAUCAUCGUCAUCGUCGUCAUCAUCAUCAUCAUCAUCAUCAUCAUCAUC